AUGCCUACGGACAUAGAUCCGGCAAUCAUACGUGCGCUCUCCUCAUCAUAUAAUAUCGACCCAUCUACUGCAGAGAUCAGUAAACAUGGCGGAAGCGGCUUCGCAUCGACCUACCGCAUCAACACCGCCGACACAUCGAUCUUCGUCAAAACAUCUUCCUCAGAGGGAGCAGCGACAAUGUUCGAAGGCGAACAUGCCUCCCUCAACGCCAUCCAUAACAGCGUGCCAAGCCUAGCUCCGAAAUCCUUUGCUUGGGGUGGACUCGAGCAAGCUAAGGGCGGCUAUUUCCUUGCUACAGAGUUUCUUGAUAUGUCAGGUAGAAGUGCUGGCUCGACUAGUCAGGGAGGAAGUGGCUUGUCUCUGGCCACGAAGCUAGCUCAACUGCACAAUACACCAAUACCGGAGGAGUUCCAGGACAAAGGCUUUGGCUUUCCUGUUUCAACAUGCUGCGGAGAUACUAUACAGGAUAACUCAUGGAAGCCAAGUUGGGCAACCUUCUUCGCUGAGAAUCGACUGAGGCAUAUCUUGAAGUCUGGAGAGAAGAACAACGGCAAGGAUGCGGCUUUACGACAGGUCGUCGAAGAUGUUUGCGAAAAGGUUGUACCACGUCUACUUGGUGAUGGUCAUCUGGGAGGAAGUUCAGGCAUACAGCCACGUGUGGUACAUGGUGAUCUUUGGUCUGGAAACAAAGGUUGUGGAUCCUUCGCUGGUCGCAAGGACACCGCAACAGAAGAGAUCGUUUUCGACCCCAGCGCGGCAUACAGCCAUCAUGAAUUCGAUCAUGGGAUCAUGAACAUGUUCGGCGGCUUUGGCAGCAGUUUCUGGAAAGAGUACUUUGAGCACUGUCCGAAAACAGAGCCUGCAGAAGAGUACGAAGAUCGCGUGAGGUUGUACGAAGCUUACCACCAUCUCAAUCACUACAGCAUCUUUGGUGGUUCAUACAAGAGUGGAGCUGUGAAUUUGCUGAAGCCUUUAUUGAAGAAGUAUGGUUGA